AGUUCAUGUAGAUCAGGAUCAUGUGACUGUGCUGCUGUUUCUGGAUGAUUCUGAGACGUUAACGUUGCUGUAAUUUUGUACAGGAGCAGCGAUGGAUGCAGGCGUCCAGAUGCCAUCUUCACCAGAGAAAACCGCACCGCCGAAAAAACAGAGACAUCGGAUAAGACGUCGUCACCCUUGUCCAAAAUGUGACCGGGAUUUUAUCUGCAAGUCCCGGCUGGCGGACCAUGUGGCCGCACACAUGGGAGAAAAACCCCACAGCUGCCCCGUGUGUGCCAAGUGCUUCACGAAGAAGGUCAACUUGGCAGCACAUCUCCGCGUUCACACCGGCGAGAAGCCGUUCUCCUGUCCAGACUGCGGGGUUAGCUACGCCCAGCGCAGCUGCCUACGGCGUCACCGGCUGAGUCACGCCACAGAGAAGCCCCACAGCUGCUCCGUGUGUGGGCGGGGAUUCAUCCAGCGGCGUUAUCUCGUACAACACGAGCGGAUACACACGGGAGAGAGGCCGUUCUCCUGCCCGCUCUGCCCCAAGCGCUUUGCCUCCAAGUCGGGUCUGACCGAGCACCAGUUCAUACACGGAGAGCAGAAGGAGUUCACGUGUGCUCUCUGUGAGAAGGUCUUCACCACGCGCUCGUCCUUCAGAGACCAUGUGAGGAUCCACACGGGGCUGAAGCCACACACCUGUUCGCUGUGUGGCAAGAGCUUCAACCGACCGGGUCUGCUGAAGAAACACCUGCAGAAACACGAGGAGGACGAGGAGACCAUCACGGCUGUCGCUGUGAGCAUCGGCGAGACGCCUCACCGCUGCCUCGUGUGCCACAAACUCUUCUCCAGCGCCGAGCGGCUGCAGCAUCACGACAAGCUCCACCAGAGGGCGCUGCAGCUCACCUGCCACAUCUGUGGCCGCGCUUUCACCAGGUCGUCGCGGCUCAAGGACCACAUCCGGACCCACACCGGAGAGAAGCCGUUUCAGUGCGACGUCUGCCAGAGGAGGUUCUCCAUGCAGGGCACGUUAAAGAGGCACCAGGAGAUUCACAGCCGGGAGCAGCUCAACGCUAACAACAACAACAACAACAGUGCUGCCAUGACCCUGAACAUGCUGAUGUCGCAGGGAGACGGCGAUGAACCGCGCCACUGUUUAGUUUGUGAGAAGACUUUCACAGACGCCGCCAAACUGAGAGCACAUGUGAAAAUCCACAACAAACGGCACGCCUGCAGCCUCUGCUCCAAGACCUUCCUGAAACCGUGGAUUCUCCGAAAACACAUGACCACCCACGUCAGGGACGGACUCAUCGCUGCCCCUGCUGACAAGGAGUUCUGGUCCAACAUGCAGACUGUGGAGGAGGUGAAGAUUAAAGAGGAGGAGGAGGAGGAGGAAGAGGAGGAAGAGGAGGAGACGGCACUGAUGGUGGAGGUGAAGGAGGAGGAGCGUAAGCAGGCAACAGACAAUAUUCAGGUAUUUAGACUUCAAGGUGAUUUUUUUUUUUUUGUUCUGAUUCUUCAGGUCACCGAGGAUUCCUCUGAGGUAUUUAUGUCUGGUAACCAUGGCAACCACAACCAGUCAGUGUUGGAGGAGAACAACCAGGAGGGAAAGGAGGGCGGCAGCGGCGGUUUGAUCAACUCUGAUGGCGAGGAAGAGGAGUGGAGUGCAGCGGUUACAGAACCCGACGGCAGCUCGGAGUCUCAGACCGACGGCGCCGGUGAAAGUGCCGGAGACGGUAAAAACAGGAAGAACUGCUGCCCCGUGUGUAGCCGCGAGUGCUUUAAAGCGUCUGCACUGAAGAAACACCUGAGGAUCCACUCGGGCGAGCGUCCCUUCCACUGCGCCACCUGCAGGAAGAGCUUCACGCAGCAGGGCCACCUGACGGAGCACCUGAGGAUCCACACGGGAGAGAAACCCUUCACGUGCGGCGACUGCGGCAGAAGCUUCACCUUCUCCAGCGCACUGCGACGACACCAGCGCGUCCACACGGACACGCGGCCGUAUCAGUGCUCCGUCUGCCAGAAGUCCUACAGACAGCAGAGCGUCCUCAAGAGACACGAAGAGACGCACUCAGGCGUCCGCUACCAGUGUCCCAUCUGCAGCAAGAGCUUCACCCGCGCCUCAGAGCUCACCUACCACACCCACAAGCACGCGGACGCCAACCGCUUCUACUGCGACAUCUGCAAGAAGAACCUGGGCGGGGCCAGAAGCUUCCGCAACCACAUGAAGAACCACGAGUCAAUGAGUUUGCCGCCGCCGCCGCUGCUGCACCAAGAAUCACAGGACGCCACAGGAGCAUCGGCAGAAGGAGCUUCACUGAGCGUCUUUAAAGGAUGAGCUCAGUGUAAAAUUUGUGAAACUUUAAAAAGUCGAAGGAACAACAUUGAACAAGCACUGCAGGAGAACAGGGCUACAACUGACCAUUGUUUUCAUUUCAUUAUUCAAGUUUUUCUUUGGUUCAGAAAACGUUGAUCAGUGUCACCCAAACCUCAAAAUGAUCUUGUUUUGUCCACAAACCAAAUUGAUUCACCUUUAAUCAUUUCUUUCUUUGUUAUACGAGCAAAGAAACCAGAAAAUACAGUUGCAAGAAAAAGUAUUUGAACCCUUUGGAAUGAUCUAGAUUCCUGCACAACAAUAGACUAACAACUACAGGCAAUGUUUGAUUCUGUCUCACGUUGGUGUGAACUGAGCCACCGCCGCUAAAAAACAAAAAAACCCGCUGCCUGUUGCUUCUCUGUCGGCGGUGUAAUCGACACGUCGUCACUGUCUGAACUCGGCUCUCUGACCAAACUGAUGUCUUAAUUGUCGGACUCCACGUCGCCGCCGCGUCGCCAUCAUUAGUAUCUAUUUGGCUCAGACACGCCCACGUUUGACAGUUAAAGUGAGCCACGCCCCCCUCCCACCCGCUGCAUGAGCGAGUUCAGUGCCUUGCUCAGCGACACGUCUGUUCUGCUGCUGACUUUGUUCUCAUUGUGAACCUGCAGGUGUCGCUAGAGAGACGAAGGUUCAUGUGAAACUUUGAUGUCUUUUCUUUUUCUUUUUUUUUGGUCAAUAAAGUGAAGGAUUAAUAUUCAA